AUGAAGUUUACCAGAUACCUUGAAGACACUCAGAUUCCAGAGUGGAAGCGAGCUUAUAUUGACUACCGACUGUUUAAAGAACGACUGCGUGCUAUCCGGCAAGCCAUGCAUGAUGGCGCGCUUUAUCCCGUCGACUCGUAUUCGAACUCGCAGCUGGGUCAUCACGGCGCUGCGUCCAUGCUCUCUGUGAUAAAAUCAGAGUCUGGAGAGAAUUCGUCGGAGGAGAGUUUCUCGAUGAACAUGCCGAUGGAGACGAGCAGGCGUGACCUCGCUUUUCAAGCUGCUCCGAAUCCACCUCGACUGCGUUUGGACGUCAGUGGCCCCAGUAUCCGUCCACCCCUUGCAGAUCGGCGUCCAUCUUUCCAUCGAACUCUUACUUCACAGAGUAACCCGCCACCUCCGAGCCCAGGCGGCAUCGGGAAUGCCUCGCGAAACCCCCGUAUCGUAUUACCCCAGCUUGUUGUCCGUCAACCGACGAAUCGAUCUCAUUUGGUGCCUCCCAGCCCCGGAGGGGAGACUGUAACAACUGGUGGUCGCCUGGCACGAAUCAAUUCCAACCACUGCAAUGUCCCGUCAAUGGACCAAUACCUCACAAGCGCGGCCGCCACCGAGCCCAGGCGCACCCCUCAGCCCCACGAGUCGGAUCUUCAAAAAUGUCUCGAAUAUGACCUGUCAAUAGUUGAUCCCUUACGAAGACAUCCUUAUGCCCAACUUUCUAUGCACCAACUUGUGCCUUUAUUGUCCCCACAUGAACUAUCUUUCUUUAUCGCGCUGGAUGAGCAGGUCUUCAAGGUCGAAACCUUCUAUCAAGAUCGGCAAAAAAUCAUGAAAACCAGGAACCAAGAGCUGGAGCUCCAACUCCGCGAGCUGAACGAGCAUCGGAGGCGUUUCGAUGCAGCUAAUUCCGAGCCCUCCCCCGGGUGGAGGAAAAUGUUAAACCCGCUCAGCUCACGAAUACGUGCGCUGGUCAACUUGACGUCGAAACCAGCGGCGAAUACGGCCGAAAUAAACUCGACAGACAGCAAGCCGCAUGGUGAAUUCGUCGAAGGGGUGCAUUUCGAUGAGCGCCUCGAUCCAGAAAAGUAUCUUGCGGCCAAACGAAAACUGAAAAAGGCAGUCAUGGAGCAUUACCGGGCUCUGGGAAUGCUGAACAAUUAUCGAAUUUUGAACAUCUAUGCUACCCAAAGGGUUCUAGCCAAAUUUGAAAAGACGACCAAGGUCAGUGUGCUAAUUCACUGGCUCCACCUUUCGCCGCUAACCAAACGAAGAUUCCCGCUCAACGAGCAUACAUGGAAGAAAAGGCGACCAGUUGAACCAACCGUUUUUUAUUCUGACGAUACUUUGCGGGUCAUGAUGGAGGAGUUGCAACACAUAUAUGCUGUCACCUUUGAACGCGGAAGCACGCAAAAAGCUUUUCAGCGUUUGCGCGCUGGAAUUCAGUACAAAUCGCACCACAACAGCACAUUUUGCAGUGGGAUUGCGAUCGGAUCAGCUCUCGCCGCGUUCGGAUCAGGCGUUGCAUACGCCUCACAAAAAUCUACGCGAGACAGCAUCCCGGGAUGGGAUGGCUUGUUGUUUAUAUUUGGCGUCUUUCUCGUUCCAGUUCUCUUUGCUCUCCUCAUUGGCUUCAAUCUUUUGGCAUGGUCUCGAAACCGCAUAAAUUAUACUUUCAUAUUUGAGCUAGAUCUGCGCACUCGAUUAGACCACCGCGAGUACUGGCAGCUCCCCAGUGUGCUUCUGGCUGGCCUUUCUUAUGCAUUUUGGUUGUCGUUUUCGCGAACCGGAGCCCCAAUGAUAUCACCAACACUAUGGCCGGCCAUAUGGCUAGGAUGUACGGCUGCUCUUCUCAUCGACCCGUUUCCGUUGCUCUUCAAAUCGUCUCGUUACUGGUUGAUCAAGAACACUGCCAAGUUGCUACGUUCUGGUCUUCGUCGCGUCGAGUUCACCGACUUCUGGCUGGGGGACCAAUUCUGCAGCCUUGUUUUUCCACUUUCGAAUAUCCCCCUCGUCGUCUGCGUCUACUCGCACGGUCUGGACUCGGAUUGGAGAAAAUGCGGCAACUCGUCAAAUCUGUGGCCGCUCAAUUUCGUCCUCGCGAUCCUUCCUUUUCUCGUGCGAUUCGUUCAAAGUGUCAAGCGUUAUGCGGACUCCAAAGUCCAUACGCAUCUCAUCAACGCUGGAAAAUAUGGAGCGGGUUGUGUGGCGCAGUUCUGUUAUAUUCUUUGGAGGCAUCAUGGCAGUCACUACGACGCCACGUUUGCUAUGUGGAUUAUCACGAACACAUUUGCGACAUCAUAUGCAUUGGCCUGGGAUUUCUUGAUGGACUGGUCGGUUUUGCGGCUACAUGUGCGACACAAACUGCUUCGGCAAGACCUUAUUUACACGCACACGUCGUUGUACUAUGUAGCAAUAGUCCUCAACACGCUUCUCCGCUUUCUCUGGAUUCUCUACAUCCCCGCCGGAGGCCCUGACGCCAUGCUGCGGUCAUUUAUUGUCGGCGUGCUUGAAAUAGUUCGCCGCUGGCAGUGGAAUUUCUAUCGACUCGAGAAUGAGCAAAUCGGUAAUGCUGAUCAGUACCGGGCGACCCGAGAGGUGCCGCUGCCAUAUGCGACGCGAAGGGAUGUGGAGGAAGACGAUGAAGGGUCGGAAAUUGACACCAAGGAUGCAUAA